UCUGCGGUACUCGACUCCGCCAAGUCGUCACCACCAGCAGGCGCUCUUCGACGGGGUCUCGUCUCGUCUCGACCGCUGACACGCGAAUCACUUGCACCAGUCGCCAUCGCCAGUCGUACUCCCGAUUAGGAAGAACGAACAGCGAGAAUUCUGCGCUGCGGACGCUCAGUACCACAAGUACCACGGUCUCGCAGUAACUCGUUCACCGAGGACGCGGCGACCGCGAACAGCUCCUCGCGUACGACUCUUUGGAGCCGAAAGCAGCACGUGCCUAAUUGAAAGUACCGAAGCUUCUUCAGAUCUUUUUUUGCUUUAUUUGAUUUUAUUGAUAAUCAUCUUAUUUUGAUCACUGAAAUACUUGUUGAUAACGUUGUGGUGCUACAUUUUUCGGAAACUUAGAGACAUCUUUCAGAUAUGUUAGUUGGUGUUUAAGACAAGCAUUUGAUGAAAGACUAUUAAGAGCUUCCCUGAAAAUGACAAAUGCUCCAAGAAUAAAAGUCGUGGUGUUGGGAAGUUCCAAAGUUGGAAAAUCAGCUGUCGUUGUGCGAUAUCUUACCAAGAGGUAUAUAGGAGAAUACAGUUCUACAAGUGAUUUCCUGUAUCGGCAUAAUGUGACUUUCGAUAACGUAACGACAGAAGUGGAGAUCUUAGAUACAUCAAAGUGUGCGAAGAAUGGAUGUCUGUACGAACACAUACGAUGGGGUGAAGCUUUCAUUAUCGUUUAUUCGGUGGUGGACAAGCACAGCUUUCACGAGGCACAAGAGAUUCUCAAUCAGCUAGUCAAGUUAAAACUGCCUUCUUACUAUACGUCUUUACUGUUAGGGAACAAAAGAGAUUUGGAUCAUUCAAGGCAAAUCUGCGUCGACGAUGGCGAAGAAUUGUCCCUGCAGUACGGCUGUCAAUUCUACGAGGUGAGCGCGGCAGAAAACUUCGCUGGCGUGUCCCUAGCCUUCCAAUCGGUCCUUCGAGAGGCUCGUUCAGUACAAUUACUGAGGGCGCUGCCCAUCAGAAGAAAACUGGGCGUCAACAGCGUAUCCAAAGUCCUCGGCAACAUCUUCGGGAAGAACUCGAAAGGGGAUAGGAAAAAGCGACCGUCGCUUAGUAUUUAAACUCGAGAUAUAAGCAAGAUAUUAUUUGUAUUAAGUAUAAAAAGAAAAGUUCCUUAAUUUAUAACGUUUAUGUAUUUUUUUGGUUGUACGAUUUUUAGACAAUUACAAGAGAAGUUAGUUGAUAUCAGGUAUAAGUUGCCCGUUCUUAAACCUCCAUUUGAUUAUAAUUUAAUCUCCAUUUGAAUAAAUUUUCGAAAAUAAAUUUUAAACUAUAAAAUUCGUUAAAACGCAUAAUUUUCCAGUUUAUUUUAAAAUCUCAAUCAGGGCCCGAAUUCUGGAAUUUAGAAAACGCAAAGCAUUUUUUGAUCUGUAGAUGUGAAUAUAUUGUCCGUGGACAUAGAAUCCGCAUAGAAGUUUCACUUCAACAAGACAAAAUACAGUAGGAGGAUUUUCAAUAUAUCCAAUGUUAAAGGAAUUCAAUCAUCGUUCUCAUAUCUUGUGUCAUCGUUACUCUAGUAGAAAAGUUAUUUUUGACUUGCGCUUAGCCGUACCGUGCAGCUCUCCGACUCCAACCCACACUUCCGGCGCAUGCGUAUUGGAACGGCAGAACCAAAUAAUGCCAAAGAUAAAUGCUUCAAUAUAGCCUGGUUACGAAAGCACCGUAUAGCUCCGCGGUUGCAGGUUCCUCGGGAGCAACGAGUCGUUGGAUCGAUCCCCGACGGAGGUAGACUUUUUUAAUUUUUUUACAGCUGCGUUGGUUAGGCGUAUUUUCAUGGCAUUGGCUAGUCUCUGGUGUAAGUUUUUUUUUGUUUAUAGAUUGCACACGAAAUACCCGAUCGAUUUUGUAGAACUGUUAUAUAUUGUUAUAAUUUGUACGUUUUUGAAAUUCAGGUUAAAUUAUGCUACUAUUACUUAAGAACUUACUCUCGAAAGUUACAAGUUUAUAAUAAAAGACAAGAAAAUAACCCACGAUUUAAAUAUGGCGGGAACUGUGGGUUGGAGUUGGAGACUUGCACGGUACGGAUAGACGCAAGUUUAUUUUUCUAAUAUACACAUUGAAGCCAAGUUAUAUAUCUGUUAGAUAAUUAAAUGGAGGUUUAUUCAACGGUUUUUUUAUUAUUCAGUAUAAUGUUAAAUUUGAUUUGCUUUAUACAUUACCAGUAAUUACUUGGAUACUUAGUACUCGAUUACUCAGAGACUGAGAGGGUACUUUGUAGUGAUUUCAUCAUUAUGCCAUAUCUAUUACAAAUAUAGAUAAACUGUUAAGUUUCAUUCAGAACCUCGCAAUUAGUGGAAUAAAUUAGUGGUACCAAUUACACUACUUUAUACUUUUUAGUUU